UUGGAGGAAGACGUCAAGGAUCGAAUGAUGGCGACGAAUGAUGACGUGGCCUGGUGUCUACUUCCGGUCAUGGUCAUCCUGGGGGUCUUGUCCUUAACCGGGGUCAUCGGUAACAGCCUCGUUUGUUUCGUUUUCGCCAAGAAAUUUCGUCAGUGCUCACAGAAUUAUUUGAUAAUUAUUUUAGCUGUAUUCGAUCUUCAUAGCUGUAUAAUAACAAUCCCUUAUGAAAUAAUCGAUAUACGAUUUUACGUGUACUAUGUAUUCGAUACUGACAUUAUAUGCAAAGUUAUGAAAUUUAUAAACGCUUUCUUUAAUACAGGUUCGAUACUUAUUUUAUUAGUAAUCGCAGUUGACCGAUACCGGAAAGUGUGUAAACCUUUGAGUAAACAGCUUCGACUGCCAACAAUUCGAGGUAUCGUUUUUCUGGUUAUUUUAGUAUCGACCUGUUAUUCUUGGCCGUCGAUAUUUUUAUACGGGAUUCGAUCAAUGAAUUCUACGACGAUACCUGGGGAGAUGAUUCGAGAUUGUUCGACCCCGACUGGCCUGGACCCCAUCUUCCCGACCGUCUACAACGGGGUACUGUUUAUGAGUUUCGUCGUCAUUUCCAUCGCCCUCAUCGUCCUCUACAGCCGGAUCCUCCGGGAGGUCAAAAGCCGGCAUUUACGCCGGAGGUUUGUUAAACCGGAGAAAAGCAGCCAGAACGACACGAAUGCCGUGUCCGUUUUUUCCGAGGAUGACGGAAGCCGAAUUCGGGGUACGGAUUUUUUAGAGUCGGCGGUGUUGAUCCGGAAUGAGAGUGGUUUGUCGACGUACGGGCAUAGAAUCAAGCGGAGGUUGAGUAGGGUGUCGUUAAAGACUGGGAAAUAUGUUUUGAGUAGGGAAACAAAGUCGGACGAUUCAUCAAAGCAGAAGGGAGAUAACCAAAACGGGUUAAAGAACAGUUUGAAGAGUAAAAGUAUUCCAGACGGGACUGUGACGAAUGAGUCCAAAGAUGCGAAUUCAAAAUCUCGGCUGUUUUUGGUUCCGCCUUGUAACCAUGACAACCGAAACUCCGUGCGCAGGUCAGCCAGUGACGUCACGCCAAGCAGCCGUCCCGUCCAAUCAGAAAACUCGACGCAAACGACUGAUGGAAAUGUGGUGAAGACCGGCCUGGGGUUGAGACGAAGCAACAGCGACUCCCACCCCAACGUUAAGAAACCCCCACCCUCUCAUCCGUCGAUCGGCGUCCAUCUUACCGGCACCACCGAGUUCAUCGUGGGUCAGGGCGCCGUCGCGCAGACGACCAGGUCGGCGUCUUCCCAAAAACGCCGCCGCAACAGACAGCAGACGACGAUGGUGGCGUUUUCCGUGACGACGGUGUUCAUCGUCAGCUUCCUGCCCCACCUGUGUCUGAUGAUCACCAAGGCCCUGGUGUACCCGGCCAUGGACCAGACGAUGACCGGUCCAGCAUUGGUCGCCUACACCAUCUUUGUACGGAGUUACUUCGUCAACUGCAUGGCCAAUCCGUUCAUCUAUGGCAUCUUGAACUCACAGUUUAGGCUGGAGGUGAAGAAACUUCUCAAACUUUUCUUUUGUAGGUGUCGACAGAAAGGUUAAAAAUAAACUUCUGAGACUUUUCU